GUUAGCCUUCAGGGAUUCCGCAAAUCAGUUGCUCCGCUGAUUUGACCAACUGGACCCAUCGGGCGAGCGCCGGGGCCCAGACAAGCCAGAAACUCGCCGCGGCACACCCCCUGCGCGUCCACCUCUGCCCCCUGUCCUGCCGGGCACCUACACCUACCUUUUUAGGGAGAAGGAGCCAGACGUCUUUUCUUUUGCACCAGGAAGCUGCGGCUGCUGUUUUGACCCUCUUCCCACUCCUUUUCCCGCCUGCAGCCCAUCCUUGAGAUCGGCUUGCUUGAUCUUCAACCCCAUCGGCCUCAAUCAACAAACCUCUGCCUGUUCUUUCACACCCUUCCCCGACCUCGCGCCCCGACUGCAAAGGCAAGCCGACAGAACAGCUUCCCUUUCUCGAUCGUCGACGCCCUCGUACGCACUUGGAUCAUCGCGCCGCGUCUUCAGCGUAGCGCCGCCGGCGAGUCAACUCGAUCAUCAUGGCCCAGUCAAAGUUUCUUCGAGAGUACAAGCUGGUAGUGGUUGGAGGAGGUGGUGUCGGUAAAUCGUGCUUGACGAUCCAGCUUAUCCAGAGCCACUUCGUCGACGAGUAUGAUCCGACCAUAGAAGAUUCGUACCGCAAGCAGUGCGUCAUCGACGAUGAGGUCGCGCUGCUAGACGUACUCGACACGGCGGGCCAGGAGGAGUACUCGGCGAUGCGCGAACAAUACAUGAGGACGGGCGAGGGUUUCCUACUCGUUUACUCCAUCACCUCGCGCCAGAGCUUUGACGAGAUCACAACAUUCCAGCAACAGAUCCUGAGAGUCAAGGACAAGGAUUACUUCCCCAUGGUUGUUGUCGGCAACAAGUGCGAUCUCGAGGCCGAGCGGGAGGUUACGAGACAAGAGGGUGAGGCACUGGCAAGGUCUUUCAACUGCAAGUUCAUCGAGACGUCGGCCAAGUCUCGCAUCAACGUGGAUAAGGCGUUUUACGACAUUGUUCGUGAGAUCCGCAGGUACAACCGCGAGAUGCAAGGCUACUCGACCGGCAGCGGAACAUCGAACGCGGGUGGCCCCAUCAACAAGAUGGAAGUCAACGACAACGACGCCGAGGCAGGGUGCUGCGCCAAGUGUGUGCUGAUGUAGAGAAAGGUGCAAAGAACAAAAGCAACGCCCAUUUUCCGAGCUCGACGACCGACGACGAGGAUGAGGAAAGAAGCGACACACCAAAAGGGGUGAGGCCCGUGGCACAAUGAUUGAGGCGCAUCCUUGGGAUGCAGCCGCCACCCGAGCCUGAGUGUCGAGGAUGGACCUUUUCUUCCCUUUUGAAUGCGGACCUGCCCUGUCUCCGGAAAAGCGGCAGUACGGCGGUCCCUUUCCCUCAGUUCAUCGCUGAGGAUACAUUACAACACAACCCGUUUGGUUCAAACAAGGGAACAGGAAGUUGCAUGGAUUCUGGAGUCGAGGUUGUUUUUUUUCUCGCUUUUUUUCUCCCUCUAUUACUCUUUUAAACCCAUCCCCUUGUCACCAACGCAUUAGCGACUCGGCCGCACCCGGUUAUUGGCCCGCCGCCGCUUGUUGAAUCGGCUCCAGGUGACCAGAAGGCUCUCGUCUUUUCACUUUCAUCUUCCUCUAUUCCCAUCCAUGGCGGUGUGCCCCAUGGCCUUGAGCUAUGCCGUCGCACCCCCAGGCGGUGCUUCUCCCAGUUACAUCUUGUUCCUCUAGUACUUAGUUUUGACUGCUGUUUGAAUGGGUUCGUGUUUUGCUUGUGGACUUGAACUUUCGUCCUUCCCAUACCCCGUCGUGGCGUUUCUGCCUGUCUCUUGCCGUGUUUUCAUUUGUGUUGUUUGUUUUUGGCUUCAGAGUCGUAGUAUAGUUCUCGGAAGCUGUAGCACAUUGUAUUGAAUUCUUAACAUGUCCAUCGUAGUCCUUCCUUGCCCGAGUCCUCAGGCUCCUCUUCUCUUCGAG